CUCUGCAAUUAAUUCCUUCGCCUAACCAAAUUCUUCUUUCAAUUUUAACUUCUCCGUCGUGGAAAUUCGAUCAUCAUUCAUGACCACCACAAAUCCAGACUCUUCAGUUCCUCCAAAUAAUUCCUCAUUGCCGGCCGCCGCCACAACCGCCGGCCAAGUUCAGCUGCGCAUGUCUGAUUACCUGGCUCUUCCUCAAGACGACGAACCGGACGAAAAGUCUCUCGAAACCCACACCCAACAUCGCGAUCUGAGGAGUUUACUGAUGGGUGAAGAAGGUUUCUUCCAAGAAGAUCGUCGCCGGGUUUCGUACUGUUCGUCGCCGCCGUGCCGUCUCGUCGCCCGGUGGAUGUCCUGGAUAAGACGGGUGAAGUUCAAGGGAAUUUCGAGGAAGUGUUGCAGGAGAGAAACGGUGGGGAAUAGAGUAGAGGCGGGUGUGCAGCCCAGGUGUUUGACCAAUGGCCUCAAUGACGUGGGUUGCAGGAAGGAGACUUGUUUUAAUGCCGGGAUUGGAGCUUAUCUGCUGUACUUAGUUGCCGCGACGAGAAACGAACUGGACAGGUUCAACGCUGCCCGGGUGGAAAUGGAGGCGAUUCUACAGAAUACCAUACAAUUACAACGGAGGCGAAGCGUAGAGGUAGACGGUGGUGACGAUGAUGUUCUAUUUGAAGUCUCGAUCAGAAAAUCUGUAGUAGAAGAAGAUGAUGGUGAUGGUGAUGAUGAUGAUGAGUGCGAGGCAGAAUUCCCCACAAAUUUGUAUGCCUUGCCAGCUGCUGCUGCUUCUUCUGCCUCCUCGUCAAAUGUGGUUUCAGGUAGUGAAACCCCAAAAAGGGAGGAUUUUGCAGAGGACAUGGAACAGCUAGAGGCGGAGCUCGAAGCUGAGCUUGAACUGUUGCAGCUUCAAUUGGAUGGAGAUACGUCGAUGGAACAAUCUCAGUUUCUGAGGGUGACGAACAGGGAUGAAACAGGAUCAUCAAAAUCCUACAGUACGACCUCGACCGAAGAAGAAGAGGAGGAAGAAGUGAUUGAUCCAGAGUAUGGGGAGGAGGAUGCUGAGUGCCCCAAUGCCAUCCACCCUUACGAAUUGGCAAGUAAGCUGCACGAAGUGCUGGAAGCAAGACAGCAAGAAGAGAUCAGAGAGCUGGAAGCUGCUCUGGAACUGGUGAAGCGCAAGCUUGUAGAAAAAGAGUUGCAGGUCGCUUGGUGGAAAGCCGUGGCUAGAGGAAGAAGGCUCAGUAUUGGUAGUUCACAAGAAGUGCAGAGCUAGCACAAACAACGAAGUAAGGUCAGGUUCCAUGGGGUAAGAAGGUCGAAUCCCUGGUCACAUUGUGAUUCUGUUCAGCAACUUUUGUACAGGGAGCUCUGGUCUCAUGAGCCUUAAGAGAAAAUGAUUACAGUUUUCAUGUUGAUUGCAAAUGUAUACAGAUUACAGAAUUUGAGUGGAUUAGAGUGAGUUGUUGAAAGAUGUUGCUUAUGUCGGCAACUUUAGCGUGUUUUCGAUUCGAUGGAUAUGUUUGUUUGGGGAGCGUGGGCCGUUUGUCUUUGUCAAUGUAGAGCCUUGUAAUUGGCUCCAAUUAAAAAAUGUUGAAAGAGGUUCUAACUGCAACAAGGUUGGCGGCACGUCUAAAGUCUAAA